CUCACCUUUGGACCGGAGCAGAGCGGCCGACAGACAGCGGCUCCACAGAGGAGAGAGCGACGGACUCGCUAAAGUUCAGACAUUUCUGUGGGUUUUCCGAGGCUUCAGCCGCCAGGAACCAUGCAGCACUUCCCGGAUCAGGGCUGUGAUUGCUCCGAGCUGCUCGACUGGCUCUUCGAUAAGAACAGCGGCAUUCUCCGCCAUGAGGAAACUGGAAACCAUGGCAACGACCACAGCUGGACCUUUCAGGGGCCGAACAUGCUGCCGCCGCCGCCUGAGCAGGCCGACGAGGACUUCCUGAACGCCCUCCUGACUGGAGGCGACUCCGUGGCGGCCUCACCGCUGUGGUCGUCCCCCUCCCCCAGCGACAGCGGGAUCAGCGAGGACCCCCCCUCAGAUCAGAUGGACAGCCCCGCGCGCACAGAGAGCCCCCCCGGGGACUUCUGUGCUGCCAGACCACAGAGCAAACGAGACCUGGAGGCCGCCGGCCCUGCUGCCUUCAAUGGCUGGGAGUUCAGUUUCCCGAUGGGAAGACCCCGGAUUCCACAGCAUCCUUCCGAGGCGCACAGUCCUCCGCCAUCCUCCAGCUUCCCGCUAACGGUCAAAGACCUGCUGCUGUCUGGCAGCGCCGAGCCCCCUCCUCAGCCGACGCAGAAGUCCGUCCAGGAGCUGAUCCUCAAUGAAGAUGAGAAGAAGCUUCUGGCCAAGGAGGGGGUCACUCUGUCCAGCCAGCUGCCCCUCACCAAGUACGAAGAACGGGUCCUGAAGAAAAUCCGCAGGAAGAUCCGCAACAAACAGUCGGCACAGGAGAGCCGGAAGAAGAAGAAGGAGUACAUCGACGGGCUGGAGAGCAGAAUGGCGGCUUGCUCUGCUCACAACCAGGAGCUGCAGAGGAAAGUGUCUCAGCUGGAGAAGUGCAACAUAUCCCUGAUGGACCAGCUGCGCAGACUGCAGGCUCUGGUCAUGAACUCAUCCAACAAGCCUGCGCAGACUGGAACAUGUGUGCUGGUGCUGCUGCUGUCGUUUUCUCUGAUCCUGUUCCCCAGCCUCAGACCCUUCUCUGAGCCCACGGUGAGCCACGGAGACUUCAGCCCCGUCAGAAUCCAGUCCCGGUCCCUGCAGAACCUCCAGGCCUCCCGGGUGCUGCAUGCCGUGGACCCUCCCUUCUCCUCAGAGGAAGACCCGGACGCUCGGCGCCGCCGGUUCCCUGAGGAGCUGGAGGAGCUCUCUGCUCUGAUGGGGACUCUCCGGGUCGAGUCGGAGUCUCACAACGCCAGUCAGGAAGAAAGCCACUUCCAGGUCGACCCCAUCACAGGUCACGUGUCGUCCGUGACGCUCAACCCGCAGCGCUACGACCGGCUGCGGCCGCACGCCGACGACAUGUGAGGCAGUCGGACCUGCUGGCGGCGCCGGUUCGGACGCUGUCCCAUCCUGCACCAGUUUUUUUAAAAAGGGAUUUCACUCUUUAUCGACGUUUCCUGUUAACAAAAGCUGCAUGUUCUUUACUUCAGUUUGAUAAAGUUUGACUUUGUGCCUGAAAUAAUCAUAACAGUAUUGAUGAAGAUGAAGCUGUGAUGUUUGUGCAGUUUGAUUGGAGGAUCAGUAGAUCAAUUCUUUUCAUUUCUUUUUUAUCCUGUGAUUCUAUCCAGACCUGUCAUGUUUCUGAACUAAAUAAAGAUCACUGUCGGUUCUUCA